UCAAGGUCUUAUUGCCAUUACAUAAUAUACCCACAUAGGGGUCAUGUAAAGACCCAUGGAACAGUCAACAGGGACAUGAGAGGAGUUGAUCAAGUGACCAACUCUCAAACAAGUACUUUGCUGAACACUGCAAACCGUCAUACCAAAGCCCAAGUGUGCUAUUGGGUUUUGGUUACAUUUUGGGCCACUCGUUUAAUCAAUUUUGAUGCCAUGUGUUAGUCUGAUUAAUUCUAAAAUUCCUAUAGCUCAAAAUCAAGAUUAGACCAAUUACCAAGCAAGUAUUCUACCGUUUCAUUGUUUCACUUUGACAUACUCAAAAUAGUUCUCGACAACCAUUGAUAUCGGUGCAGGUAACUGAAACUCCCUUCUUUUACCAAAAAAAAAAAGGGGGAACUCUUUUCCCUAUGAACCCUAGAUCUAGUUUAGAUAGAAAACUAGUUCUCUCUCCGAAAAGUGUUUCUUGAGAGGGGGGAGGGGUUGGUUCCAUGACAGUGCAUCGAGAAGUAUCACAAGAAUAUGUAUUUUCACCUUUCAUGGGGGAUAGGGUAGUCAUUGCACCCACCAUGUCUGGAUGCAAGGGUAUUCUAGGGCCCACUUAAUUGGUUAGAAAUCCUAUAAUUCUCUAGGUCCCACUUCUCAUUUAUAACAAAUUUCUAAAUGAAGACAUUUUUAUUUAGGUUUUUUUUUUGGUAUCCCUUAGCAUCCUAGAUGCUAUAUGGUAUAAAUCAGCGAGUUGAAUUCCAAUUCUUUUGUACAAAUUAAGGUUGGUGAGUCGGCCGAUCCAAUUUCAUUUUAGUGACUACCAGUAUGAAACUUCCAAAAUCGGGAUUGAUGAUCGUGAUUUCAAUUCGAAUCGAUUGAUUCCUCAUAUUUUUAAAACCAUGUCAUGGAGAGCAUAAACUAUUUUCUGAUUCAUUUUUUCUUCUUUAUAUAUGCAUUGAUUUUUUAUUUUAUUUAUUUUUUUGAUAAUAAAAAAAAAUGGUAUUCGAUAGUAGUGAUCAUAGUUCCGAAGACAAUCAGCGAACUUGAGCCGUGAUAGAUUAUUAAGGGCAUUUUCACCAUUAGUAUUGAUUACUUGUUCAAGAAUAUAUGACUUACUUUAUUUAAAGAUAUGGAAGGACCAAUGGAAACAAAUGUCUCAUCAGUGAAAGAAGGUGAUAUUUCCAUGAAAAGUGAGGAGUCAUCAUCGGCACAGAAAAAAAUUAAUCCUGUUUCUCCGGAAAGUGAAGAGGCGUUGGAGGGAAACAUUAGUCUUAUUUCUCCAGAAGGUAUAGCGCUAUACGCGGACAUUCCUACUCUAACAGAAGAAAACUAUAAGACAUGGAAAGAAAAGAUGGAAAAAUUCUUGAAGAAGACUGGACUGUGUGAUUAUCUCAAUGGAGUAAAACGUGAACCGGAAGAUACUUCCGGCGAUGAAUAUAAUGAAUGGGAGAAGAUAAGGAAACGUAUUUCACUUAUAUUCUUUAUGAAGUAUGGAGUGAAGCCUCGACCAUUCAUGGCACGACUAGACCUCACACUUUUUUGGAGCCAAUUAGAUACCAUGUACGAGUUCACUUAUCCAACAGAAAUUCCAGCUGGGACAACGAUGUGCACAAUGUACACAUGGUGUUUGCCUUUUUACAGUGCUAUUGUUGAUGGUAAUUGGAAGACAGUCUCUGAGUUCCUCUCUAAAAAUAAGGGACUUCUUACAGCCAGGCUCACAUCAGAAAGAGAACUUCCUCUUCAUGUGGCAGUUAAGAAAGGAAAGGUUGAAAUUGCAAAGGAAUUGAUGAAGAUGAUGUCUAAAGAAGAUCUAUUAAGAAAAGAAAAAGACCGUGACAGAACAGUUCUCCAUAUUGCUGUUGUAAGUGGGAACAAAGAGAUAGUCAAGGCCAUCAUAGAAAAGGAUGAGAAACUAGUGAUGAUGAAAAGCAAAUUCUAUCGCAAUCGCAUCCCAAUUGCGGAAGCUGCAGUUUUGGGCAACAAAGAUUUGGUGAAUUAUCUUUACCCGAUCACCAUGCGCCUAGAUGAUAAUUACAAGGAAGACAACACUGAUUAUGGAGAACGUGAAAAAACUAGAGCUUCAAUUCUUACUUCUCUAAUUGAUGGUGAUUUCUUUGGGCAAGCUCUCGAUCUAUUAAAGAAAUAUCCAUCUUUAAUCUUGACUGAAGAUUAUGACGAUACGACAGCUAUGGAUGCACUCUCAAAGAGGCCUACGUCAUUUAAAAGUUCGUUACCAACCAUAAGUGUAGGGAAUUUGAGAUAUUAUUUCGUCUACUCAUUGCUAGAUGUUCAUGUCGAUGCCAAAAAUGAUAGUUGGCGCAUAAGAGGAGACGUGGAAAAUUCCUUGGCUGCCAACAGGGACAGCACUCAACAAGGAAAAAUGAUGAUGUGUGGGGGGCUAUGCACCAGUAUUUUUCAGUUUUGCAAGGGUGUAUGGUUAUGCUUCCGUGGGCUAUUUCAGAAUGCACUUAUUAAACUAGUGCCCGGUUGCAAGCACAUCUACGAGGAAAAGUUGAAGCAUUAUGAAGCCUCUGAGUUACUAAGAGAACUAUGGAGGAAGAUGGUAUUUGAACUUGAUGAGCUGGACAGUGCGAAGAAUGUAAUAACUUCAGCAAUGUUUCGAGCAACUCAGAAUGGGUGUGUUGAAUUUAUCCAAGAGUGUAUCACCCACUGUCCUCAUCUUCUAUCGAACUUGAAAUUUGAGGGCCAAACAGUAUUUCAUUUCGCAAUUAGCUACCGCCAGGAAAAGAUUUACAGGCUUAUCAAUCAUCUAGACCCAUCAUCGAAGAAUGAUCUUGCACGAACGGCGGAUAACUCAAAAAACUGGAUGUCACAUCUAGCUGCAAAAAAAGCACCUAUUGAGAGGCUCAAUCAAGUUCCUGGUGCAGCUCUCCAAAUGCAACGUGAGCUACUCUGGUAUAAGGAAGUGGAAAGUAUUAUGUACACCAAUGCUCUUGUUAUAAACAAAGAUAAGAAAACAUCAAGAAUAUUAUUCACGGAGGAGCAUAAAGACCUAGUAAAAGAAGGAGCAACUUGGUUGAAGGAAACAUCAACACAAUGUAUGGUGGUAGCAACACUAAUAACUACGAUUAUGUUUCAAGCAGUGUUUACAGUACCAAGUCAUACAGCAGUAGGAGAAGAACCCAAUAAUUACAUACAAGGAAAGUUUCCGAUAAUUUUUGUCAUAUCAAAUAUAAUGGCACUUUGCUCUUCGGUCGCUUCAAUGUUGAUGUUUCUAGCCAUUAUUACUUCACGAUAUGCGGAAGAAGAUUUCUUGUCAACUCUGCCUCGGAUGUUGAUGUUGGGACUUUUAUUUCUCUUCUUCUCUAUUGUGGGGAUGAUGGUAGCCUUUGUGUCCGCUAUCUUAUUUAUGCUUCGCUUUGAAGUUCGUCUCUGGGGCUCCUUUCCCAUUGUCUUUCUUGCAAGUAUCCCCGUCACUAUAUAUGCUUUGGUCGAAUUUCCUUUAUUUAUUCAAUUGAUGUUUACCACAUCCUCGUCAGCUGUAUUCGGGAAGAGAAAAUUGAAUAAUCUUUCAUGAAUAGGUGUAAUAGUGCUUUACCAUUUGUCGUGUUGUAGAGGGAACAACAAGAAGUGCAUUGCCUAAUAAAGUAUAAAGUGUCUUGUUUGGUAUAAUUUUAAA